UGGCGAGAACACGGAAGUCUCAAGCGAGUCAGCGCCGGCCGCGUAACUAAGAUGGCGGCCUCCGUGAGGCGCUGCGCCGUGGCCUGGCUGGUCCCCGCCGCGGGGCUGCUGGCGCUGCUGGCCGGCCCGGGGGCGCUGGGGAAGCGGAGCGAAGUGACGGUGCUGACGGACGGGACGUGGCGGCAGCUGCUGCAGGGCGAGUGGAUGAUUGAAUUUUAUGCUCCCUGGUGUCCUGCCUGUCAGAACCUGCAGCCUGAAUGGGAAAAGUUUGCUGAAUGGGGGGAAGAUCUUGAAAUUAACAUUGCAAAAGUGGAUGUCACAGAACAGCCAGGUCUGAGUGGGCGAUUUGUCAUAACAGCACUUCCCACUAUCUAUCAUUGUAAAGAUGGAGAGUUUAGGAGGUACCAGGGCCAAAGAACUAAAAACGACUUCAUAAGUUUCAUCAGUGACCAAGAAUGGAAGUCUGUUGAACCAGUUUCUUCUUGGUUUGGUCCUUGCUCUGUCCUGAUGAGCAGUAUGUCUGCUUUGUUUCAGUUGUCCAUGUGGAUCAGGAAUUGCCACAACUAUUUUACAGAAAAUGUUGGUAUGCCAGUUUGGGGAUCAUAUGCUAUUUUUGCAUUGGCAACUCUGUUUUCAGGACUGAUACUUGGACUUAUCAUGGUAUUUUUAGCAGACUGUCUCUGUCCAUCCAAAAGGCACAGACCGCAGCAGCACCACUAUCAAAAAAAAUUAGCACCAGAAUCAGCCCGGCUCUUGAAAAAACUGGAUGAAGAACAAGAAGCAGAUGAGGAGGAUCUUUCAGAUGAUGAAGCAGAGGAUAAAGAGUUAGCAGACAGAAACUCUUCAACAAAUGCUGUAAGACAGCGUCCUGUGAACCUUGCUGCUGCCACAGAUAAAUCCUAGUUUCAUGUACUUGAGGGUUUCUUGAGAAACAAAAAGGGUGGAAUGUACCAGAACCUUCUGCUUGAAGAGAGGUGGAACUCGUAUCACUGUAGUGUUCGCUCAUCACUUUCAGAGAAAGCUACCUUUUAAAAAAGUAUCUGUGGCAUCAGGUAUUCAAAGCUGAAACUUGAUAUUGCAAAUGGCGAAACCCAAUACCAUAAGUGUGUGGAUUGGUGCUAAGAAAUAGUUUGUAUGGCUUUCUGAAUGACUCAUUCUGUGGUUAAGUUGUACUAAAUGCAAAACUGGUGUAUUUGUAGUAUUAGAGAAUAUUAGCAAGGCAAAUGCACUAACCUGUUUGUCUGCUAGAGCAUCUGAAAAGAUUUCUCAUUGUAAAUCUUUCCAGUUUCGCUCUGAAGAAAUGCUGGAAAAAAUUCCUCAAGUUAUGGGACCUUAGCCCAAUUUUUGUGGUAAAAAUGUUCACUGUUCUGUUAGGUAUGACAUUGAGUGCUGCAAAAAAAUUUCUUUACACCAAUAAUGCAAACUAAGGGUAUCCUCUAAUAAAAAGUAAGGCGAUGAGACUAAUAUGGGACAUUGGAGUCUUAAAAACUGAAGAGUGGCUUGUUAAUGCCAAUCAUGCAUUGGCCUGAUAUUCAGCAUUGCCCUGUUAUGAAACUUGAGUCUUCCCUUCUAAUGUGGACCAUAUUACUCUUCCCCUCUCUUUUUAACCAAUUUUCAUCCUCUGUGCAGUGGGUAAAUCUUGUAUAUCCCAGGCUGGAGGAAAAACUACAAAUACGACUUAAAAAUAUGAUUUGAAGAAAUUUAAUUUCUUGGUGGCUUUUCUCCUUCUGAACUCUUGAGUGGAAAGGUAUUUUUCUACUCUUACAAUCAAAUAAAA